AUGGUCUCCUCGACCGCAAACAAUAACAAGACAGCGAGCACGAGUGCCGUUGUGUCGGCGCGUCUGCUCGGGUCCACGUGCUCGGGGCUAUGUGAACUCCUGAUCUUCCAUCCCGUUGAUACCAUUGCCAAGCGCCUGAUGACCAAUAAGGAGUCGAUCUACGGCCUUUCAGGGUUUGCCAAGGUGGUCUUCCGGGACGCCUAUGACCAACCUCUGCUCGCCCGCUACCGCUCGCUGUUUCCCGGUCUGGGCUUUGCUGCUGGCUACAAAGUCUCGCAGCGCAUCUACAAGUUUGGCGGCCAGCCCGUGGUCAAUGAUUACAUGACGACGAACCACGCAGCGUUCUUUCGCCACACGUUUGGCGACCGCAAUGCCAAGACGAUGAUGCAUGCGUCGGCGGGCAGCCUCAUUGGCGUGGGCGAGAUUGCGCUGUUGCCGCUCGAUGUGCUCAAGAUUCGAGCGCAGACGAACCCCGCGGCUAUUGCUGGCAAAGGAGUCGUGCAUAUCGUUCAGACUGAAGGCUUUGCUCUCUAUCGGGGUGCGGCGUGGACAGCUGCGCGUAACGCGCCUGGAUCGUUUGCGCUGUUUGGCGGCUCAGCGGUCGCGAAAGAGUACAUUUUUCAGCUCGAAGACUAUGGCAAUGCCUCGUUUUUCCAGAACUUUGUGUCCUCGAUCUCGGGGGCUUCGGCCAGCAUUAUUGUGGCCCAGCCGCUCGAUGUGAUCAAAACGCGCAUCCAGUCGCGUCCAUUUGACUCGCCAGAGAGCGGUAUGAGCAUUAUCCGUAACCUGCUCAAGACUGAGGGUCCGGGUGCUCUAUUCAAAGGACUGGUUCCCAAGCUGUCCGUCGUCGGCCCCAAGCUCGUCUUCUCCUUCGCGGUGGCUCAGCACCUUAUUGCGUACUUCGAGAAGGCCUUUAGCUCUUGA